AUGGCUCAGCGUAGUUUUCCGUGUCGGCGAUGUCUACACGACAACUACCGACGGGUUCCCGAGUAUCUUCAAGCUCGGAUGCGGCGGAGUUUGCCAAGCAGGCGGCGCACUAUGUACAGAGUGUCCUUCCCUAACGCUCCGACCCCCGCUGUUCCAAAAUGUGUAACACUAAAGGAUGAUGUUCUUGUUAAAAUCUUCAAGUACCUGUCCACGGACGAUUUGUGCAGGUGCGCUAAAGUGUGCUCCGCAUGGCGGCGCUGCGUCUGCAUGUCGCCCCUGUGGGAGGGAAGGCGGGUGGUGUUUGAUUAUAACGCCUGGUGUGCCAUAGACUUCAAACUCAGGUGUAGCAAACAUUGCUGGCUUCUAGGCGUGUUUGGUGACGUUAUCAGCAAAGUUAAGAUCAUCUUGUCCCUGGUCUGCGAGGGGAGUCAGGACCCUUUCUUCACGGGACUGCGGAUCAGACGACAGCAGUACGACAUCAUGGCGGAUCUGGUUGCCAGGGGCAACCUGAAGUCCGUAGAGAUGGAGUUCGUACAGCCUGCAAAGAAGCAGAGCGCUUCGUGCGAGCACAGGGAGUGUAAUUGGCCGCUCGUCAUGUUCCUACGGAAGGUUGUCGUGUAUCUCCGUGAUCUGUCCCACCUGUCGAUCCAAGGCCUUCCCGACGUGCACUGCGAAGGGCUGCUGAAGACCCUCCAGCAGGUACCGUCCCUCCGUAGACUGGAUCUCAGCCACAAGCGGCAGCCAUCCUCUCGGCAGGUGUCCUUACGGGGAAGGCUGCGCAAGGCUAUUCCAACAGCUGUUGGCCAGCUCCAAAGUCUCCGAGUGCUGAAGCUAGCUAACAUCGACAUACAAGACGGUCUGUGGCACGCUCUUUCCGACAGGAAAGCUCCCUCCCUACAACAGCUCAGUCUGGUGGUGUAUAACGACUAUAACCCGUUCUCACACGCAUCCUGGGAACGAGUUUCUCAAAAGUGCCCGGAUCUCAAAGUCGAGCUUUUCUUCGUCAAAGGUCCUUGGAGAUACGCCCUCACCAGGGCCGAGUUCUGGUCUUUCCUGCGGACAAACAUGAAGCUCAAAACGCUGGUAGUUGCACAGAAGAAAGUAUCAAACGACAUAGAGAUGAGGGAUAUCCUUACCACGAUUAUAGAACGACAUGCGCAGGUCCUGGAGACACUGCUGUUUCUACAGUCCGACAAGCAGCCCGUCGCCCCGACGAACAUUGUCGAGUUUGUACGAAGUUGUCCGAAGCUUACCGAUCUGGUCAUAGGUCCUGCGAUCGGCGACAGGAGACUAAAAGCAGCGGCGAAAGCAGGACAAGGUAGACUGCGGCGUCUACAAGUUCGCCUGGUGUUGAAGGAAGUGCGACACCCGCCAAGACCUCGCCUCAUGACGCGUGAAGAAGCUGGCAUACUUCACACCGAGAUGACGCGGUUGCUAGGAUACAAGUGGACGACCCCUCCCCACAUGACCUUAGCUGAGAACUUCGAAGAUGCGCAUGACAUUCUACCUCAGGACAAAAUUAUUGAACAAUAUUUGUAAAACAAUCGAUCAGUUUUGUGGAACUGAAGUAUAGAUUUACUUUGCUAUAACAAAUCGUCACUUUAACACAAAACUGAUUCAAGCAACGAUGUUUUGUAAGGAAAUAAUACACUAGUACUAUAAUCUGGUGAUAGUUUGUCAGCAUUGUCAAUAUUAGUUAAUGGUUUAUCAAUGUGCAACAUUGCAGUAAAUAUAAUAUGCACUUUGUGUCAUUUUCGCAAGUCGGCGAUGUUUGAUUACUCACACUCCGAAU